GGUGUGUAGCUGUUUUUUUAUAUAAACCACAAGCACUCACAAUGAAAAAUGUUGUGUAACAAAUUAUUUAAAAAAAAAUCUUUUUGCUUAAUUAAACAGCAGGCGGAACGAUUAACAUUUGGGUGUAAUUUUGGGGACGUAAUAUCGCAUGCACUGGGCUGAAUGUGAAGGAGAGCAGCAUGUCUGCUGUAGUGUGUGUGAACAUGGCACCAGGCGCCAGAAUAAAAUGUGCACUGUUUAGCAAUAGGUGUUUAUUUAGCAAUAAAACGUUUCCACGUACUGUACGAUUUCAGACCAUGGGCUUGAGAGCGGCAACACAUUUAUCAUCUUCAUCACAACACGAUGAAAAAUACUGUAUUGAUCUUGUGAGACUGCGAGACUAUGAAGGGUUUGUGAGUUCUUUGCUUCUUCCUGAGGCCGCACGCCGCUCCAGCAUGGCACUGCGGGCUUUUAAUGUGGAACUGGCACAGGUGAAGGACUCGGUGUCUCAGAAGGCUAUUGGUCUAAUGCGAAUGCAGUUUUGGAAGACAGCGGUGGAGGACAUUUACAGAGACGAGCCGCCGGUGCAGCCCGCGAGUGCGGAGUUGUGGAGGGCCGUGAAGAAACACAAACUGACGAGAAGAUGGCUCUUGAGAAUCAUAGCUGAAAGGGAAAAGGAUAUGGAGGACCGAGCAUACAGGAAUCUUCAGGACCUGGAGGUGUAUGCAGAGAAUACCCAGUCGUCUCUCCUCUACCUCCUUCUGGAGACUUUGGGAGUGAAGAAUGUCCAUGCAGAUCAUGCUGCCAGCCAUAUUGGUAAAGCACAAGGGAUUGUGACGUGUCUGCGAGCAACACCGUACCACAGCCAGAGACGCAGGGUCUACCUCCCCAUGGACAUCUGCAUGCUGCACGGCGCUUCUCAAGAAGACUUCAUCCGUGGCAGCAGGGAGCAAAAUGUCAGGGACGUUGUGUACGACAUAGCCAGUCAAGCACAUGUUCAUCUCCAACAUGCAAGAUCAUUUAGUAAAAAUGUUCCAGAUGCUGCCAUGCCAGCUUUCCUGCAAACAGUUGCUAUUGAUGAUUACCUGGAGAGAGUAAGAAAAGCAGACUUCGACGUUUUUCAUCCCAGUCUCCAGAGGAGGAAUCCGCUGAUGCCGAUUCGACUUUAUUUCCGAUCGUGGAAGAAAAAAUAUUGAUGUUUGGUCAGAAGCAGCUCCUCUAAUUUAUACGGUUAUAUUAUUAUUAUUACAACUGCCAAUCCAAACUUUGAUUCCAGGUGCUGCGGGAAAUAUAUUUAUAGAUGUAAAAUACUUGUGUCAGGAAACUAAAAUAUUUUUUCUGAUUAUAUGCAAGUUUUCUGCAAAAUGCAUUUAGUGUUGGAAGAAAAUUCAUUCCAAAUCAGUGUCAGCAAGGACAACAUGAUAAUAAAACGUAGCACUGUGUUUGCCUUGUCUGUGAAACUAUAUAUUUGAUAUUCAACUUUGUACUCUAAAUUAUACAAUCCACUGUUCGUACACCUCUGCCAAAUUAUGUAUUGCUUGUAUGCAUAGAAAAUUGUUUUUUCUUUUGAUUAGUUAUAUAAUGUCUUGUUUUACAAACAACAGUCUAUCGGGUGUUAUUUCUUUAAACAAGGACAUUGAUUAGAAUGAAUGGCCUACAUUUUAAAAUCCCCACAUACACACCUUGCUCUAAAUAGAAGCAAUGGCCACAAAGUCUUUUUAUAUUUAGUAUAGAAGACAUAAAAAGUGCAUUAUUUGAGAAUGAAUAAGGAACCAGUGUGAGUCAGACAUCCACUGAAUAACCUUUUUAUGGAACUGUGAAUAUGUAUUGCUUUCCUUUUUAACAUCCACAGGGUUUAGUUGGCUUGGUUUCAGCAUGCAGCACUGUAGAACCUGAACAGAACCUGCAGACUCACUGGUAUGACUAUCACAGCAGAUAAAUAAAAGCACAUUUAAUGUGUCAUAUGUUCCAGGCUGUCUUGUACUUGAUUAUCAUCCCACUAUUUAACAUUCUGUACUGAGCAAAAACCUUGGGCAUACAGUAUACAAAAAAAUUGCAGGUAUCUUUGAAUACAUUUCUACAUAAAAUUAACUACUAAUUUGUUUGUUGU